AUGCAUUCUGCGGUGCUCGUGACCGGCGCCUCGAGAGGUUUUGGUCGCUGUUUGGCUCUCGACUUUGCUCGCGAACUCGUCUCGAGUGACUUGGAUCUGUUUUUAUGGGCUCGAGAUGAGAAUGGUCUUAAGGAGACUUCGCGACUAGUGCGAGAGGCUCGAGAUUCUCUGCAACAAACUGAAGACCUUCACAUUUUCAUCCAACCCGUGGACCUCCGCGACAGUGCCGACUACACCAAGAAACUCGACGAUUUGCUGGGUCAGUUGACCACAGCAGCGCCUUACGACCGCGUGUUUCUUGUACACAACGCAGGAGCACUCGGUGGUUUAGGAUUCGCUCAGGAGUGUCCGUCUCCGAGCGAAAUGGCUCGACAUUUUGAGCUCAACGUGUCGUCGGUUAUGUGGCUCAAUAAGCGCUUCCUCGACGUUUUCGGAGCCUCAAGACGUGACAUAACGAAACUACCAGUGUCGGAUACCACGACUAAGCUGGUUAUCUUUAACGUUUCGUCGAGAUCAGCCAUUGCGCCGUAUCCGACGCUGAGUCAGUACUGCACCGCCAAAGCUGCACGUGAGAUGCACUUCCGUGUCCUCGCAGCGGAACAAGCUGCUUGCAACAAGGUACGGGUGUUCUCUUACUCUCCUGGCGCGAUGGACACAGAAAUGCAGCAAACGAUGCGGACAUCGCCGCUUAUGGCGCCGGAAUUGACCAAGUGGUUCGUGGAGAUGAAGGAACAAGGGACGUUGGUACCGACGCAGCAAUCGUCGCACCGUGGGGUUGUUGCAGCUGUCAAUGGGGACUUUGAGACGGGUAAACACGUCUCCUUUGAUGACCUCAAGUACGUCGAGGAACGAUCAUUAGGUGGAGCGAAAUGAUCGUUGCAGCGCACAAAUAUGUGACGUGUGGUAAAGUGUGUAGACCACAUAAUAACGUCCACCGAGAUUGGUUUGUUUAUGUACAAAUUGAUUAAGUUCGCAAAAUGGACACUUCAAAAC